AUGACAGCAGAACAACAACCUGUGAUUGCAUUUAUCGGAGGAGGCAAUAUGGCUGAAGCCAUCCUCGGUGGACUCUAUCGAUUCUAUCCUCACAAUCUCUUACGUUUCUCAGAACCCUUGGAUGAACGUCGUGAGUACAUGAGCCAAAAAUACCCUGAUGUCUGGAGCACAAAUGACAAUCAGGAGGUUGUGCAAGGUGCAGAUAUAAUCAUUCUUGCAGUGAAACCUCAAGUGCUGCGUCCUGUCGUUCAAGAUGUUGCCAACGUCUUGCGUCAAUCAAGACCCUUGGUCAUCUCCAUUGCAGCCGGUAUUGAAACCGCAGCGAUCGUUCGUUGGUUGGGUGCUGAUGAUAUCCCUGUCGUACGUAUCAUGCCAAACACACCUGCCUUGAUCGGUGAAGGUGCUGUAGGAUUAUUUGCAACAACUAUUGUCACACAAGAACAAAGACAAUUGACAGAACAACUGAUGGGCGCCAUAUCCAAGCAACUAUCCUGGGUAGAGGAUGAAUCACUGAUUGACACAAUCACAGGUGUCAGCGGAAGCGGCCCCGCUUACUUCUUUCUCAUCAUGGAAGCUAUGGAAAAUGCAGGUGUGGCAGCAGGUCUUAGCCGAGAAGACGCCAAGGCAUUGACACUUCAAACCUGCUUGGGUGCUGCUUGCAUGGCACAGACCUCAGAAGAUGACUUGGCAACACUCAGAAGAAAGGUCACAUCUCCUAAAGGAACAACGGAAGCAGCUAUCUUAUCCAUGGAGGCAAACAAGAUUCGUGAGGUCAUUCAUGAUGCUGUCUUUGCUGCUACCAACCGAAGUAGAGAGUUAGCUCAGGAGUUAUGUAAAGAUUAA